AAAUUUCCUUUGGCAUGUUUGGUUGCAUGCUCGUCGUCGUCGUUGUCGUCGGGUCGCCGUCUCAACGCGUUUGACUUUGUUUAAGAGGCGCGCAGUUUCAACAUCGUACAGACUCUGUCGAUGUUUCUAUAUAUGCGUGUGCGUGCAGUUAAAACAAUUUAAAAUAUGUAUAUAAUUCUUAUAUGCAAAAAAGAAAGAGAUACGAAAUCAAAUAAAGUGUUCACAUUCUAAUGAAAAGAAAAACAACAACACAACACAAUAAGAAAGUUAAAGCUCAAAAGUGAAAGAAAAGUAAAGAAAAAAAAAAACGUGUUGAGCAAAAUUUAAAUCAGUGCAAAAUUCAAAUGCUAAAAAUUGAAAAUUAGACAGACGAACAAAUGUGCAAAACAUAAACAACAAGAACUGGAACAACAACGAAUCAAAAGCUAAAAGCAAAAGUGACUGUGAAUAAUGUUGAGAGCGCCCACACAGCACAUUGUGGAACUUGGUUUCGGAAAGACGCCAACAGUGACUGCGGCAGCGACAGCGGCAGCGGCAGCGAACAAUAGCAGCACAAGCGAAAAGCAACAACGCAAAAGUUUACUGCAAAAGCUCAAGCAACAGCAGCGCAAGCUCCAAAGGCCAGUAACAGCAACAGCGUCGACGACGCCAACAGUGACUGCGACGCAGACGGAGACGGAAGCGCAGGAGACAAAUCAAAAGAGAGCAGCAGCGAUAGUGGCAGCUGAUUAUUAUUUUAAGCAACAGCAGCAGACAAGCGAAAAGUGUUUGCUAUUGCUGGCAACAACAAUUAACGAAGAGCAGCAGCAGCAGCAACAUCAAAAGAAGAAGAAGAAAGAGCACACUAGCUACAGCUUUGCGGCAGCGCUGCGACGUCAAAAGAAGCCAAAAACAAUAACAGUGACAGCAGCAGCAGCAGAGACUGUGACUGUGACUGCAAUUGAAGCAUCGACAGCAACAGUGACAGCAAUAACAACAGACGACGAGUGCAGCAGCAAUCAGAGCUGUCGCAGCAGCAUUAAUAGUAAUAAUAAAAACAACAACAGUUUGUCUAAUAGUUGCAUUAACAACAAUAACAACAACACCACUCAUUAUAAAAACAGUAAAAACAGCAGCAGCAACAACAACUACAUCAAUAAUUACAAUUUCAAAACAAGCGAGCAACAAGCGUGGAAAACAACAACAACAACAACAACUACUACAGCAACUGCACAACAACAGCUGCUCAUUAAUCGACACAGCAGCAACAGUCGACGCAAUAAGUGUAACCGAAGCGGCAACAGCAUCCACAACAACAGCCACAACAGCAUCCACAACAUGUCACCCACAUCACAGGCGCCAACACGCACAUCGCUCUUUGAUUCCUGCCAUCGCAAGAUUCGUCUAAUUGGCGGCGGUCCAGUUGCCUUCUUGGGCGGUUUAGUGGCAAAAGCGCGUCGCAAAGAGCGCGAUGGCGAUCAAAAUUCAACAGAUACCAAAUUGUAUUUGGAGGAGAGCGUCCUAGAACGUAAACUACCUGAAGCUGAUCUCAAAGCCCUUGUCGAUCUUCCAGCUGGCUUGGACUACAACGAAUGGCUGGCCUCACACACUCUGGCUCUCUUUGAGCACGUGAACUUGGUCUAUGGAACUAUUAGUGAAUUUUGUACACAAUCCGGUUGCGCAGACAUGACCGGACCAGGCAACAGAACGUACUUAUGGUUCGAUGAGAAGGGCAAGAAGACGCGGGUUGCGGCGCCGCAGUAUAUUGACUAUGUGAUGACCUUCACACAGAAGACGGUCAGCGAUGAGUCGAUAUUUCCAACCAAAUACGCGAACGAAUUCCCCGGAUCGUUCGAGUCGAUAGCCCGCAAAAUUUUACGCUUGCAAUUUCAUGUGAUAGCGCAUCUGUAUGCGGCGCAUUUCAAAGAAAUCGCGCUGCUCGGCUUGCACACCCAUUUAAAUUUGACGUUCAUGCACCUCACGGCCUUGCAUCGCCGCUUCAAUCUGAUUGACGAGAAGGAGACGGACGUGCUGCGCGAUCUGGAGGUGGCGUUGCGUCUCACCGACGACAACAGCGGUCAGGACGGUCAGGCAGCCACACAAGCAACCGCAGCAACUGCAACAGAUGAGCAACAUCAGCAGCAUCAGCAGCAGCACAACAACAGCAGCAGCAGCAACAAUAGCCACAGCAACAACAGCCACAGCAACUCAUCCGCCGAGGCGGCGCUGCACGUCAAUUCACAACAACAUCAACAGCAGCAGCAUCAGCAGCAGAGCAACAACACAACAGCAGCAGCAACAGCUGGAGCAGGAACAUCGCUGAUUGAUGGCGAUGCGGCUGCGACGCCAAUUUGUACGCAACCCGAGGCUGGAGCAGCGGGUAAACCGCCGCUGGGCAGCGGUGGAUUGCUUGGCGGGAUACUGGGUGACUUGACCAGCGGUGAAUUUGGUGAUACAACACGGUACUGCACCUCGGCGGUUCCUUUGUCGGCGGUUCCCAGCAGCGAUGCAGCGACAGCAAACGGUGGCGGUGCAUUACAUUUACAUUUUAGCAACAAUAACAGCAACAAUCACAAUUUGAAUCAUCACCAUCACCAUCAUCCACAUCACCAUCACCACCACCAUCACCAUCAGCAGCAGCAGCACCAUCAGCAUCAUCUGCAGGCAGCGGCAACAACGCAGCACAGCGGCCUCAUCCAAUGCAAUGCAUCGCCAGGCGUCGUCAAUACCAACAACACCAACAGCAGCAGCACUAGCAACAAUAGCAGCAGCAGCAACACGACAGCAACCACAUAGUGUGACCGCGGCAUCAGCAGCAGCAGCAGCAGCAACAACCACAACAACCAACAACAACAACAAAACAAAAACAAAAGAACAUUAGAAAUAUUAGAAUUACGCAAAAAUGUUAUUUAAUGUUAUUACUUCUAUGAUCCUAAAGUUGAAAAUAUUGUAAAAAUAAACAACAACAAAAAAAAUACACAAAAAAAAAAACAAUGCAAACAAAAUGAAAAGCAACACAAUUAUCGAUAAUCGACUAUCGAUUUACAGUUGAUAGUUGCGUAGUUCCAUAGAGCACACACAAAACACAUUGUUCACUUUCUCUCUCCACAGAUAGUAACUAGAGGGAGAGAGUAAGCUUAGACACUGAGACAGACAGACAGAGAAAGAGAGAGAGAGAGAUAGAGAGACGCUAAGCUUUAUAAAGUAUUACCUGCCCCUCAACACCCACUCAAAAAUCCCCAUCACAAAAGACGGUUGAUAGUUAGGCAUAGCCUAAAAGGGCCACAAAUAAACAAAAAAAAAAAAAACAUAAUGAAAAGCACUUGACUAAGAUAUAAUAUACAAAAUUGUUGCAGUACACACAAAGCACGGUCACACUGUCAGCUUCAACAAAACUACAAAACUACAUAGCAAAUAAUCCAAGCAAAACUACUUUGACUAUAUGUAUGCAUCUAUCGUUCUAUCGAUAUCGACAUAAAUAUUACCUCAGACCUAUUUCAAUGUGCUUCAUCCCAAAAGUAUUUGUCAUUUAUUUUGCAAUUAAAAAAAAAGAAUCUAAAACACAAAAAAAAAAAGAAAUUGAAAACUCUUUGGCCUUAAACUAUUUGUCGUCAAUUUUCGAAAAAGAUUUUCUAAACAAACAAAAAAUAAAGGUUGAGAAUUGUUUAAAUUAGAAGAAAUCCAAAGCUGCGCACAUUUAAAUUAUUAUUUUGACCUGAUAAAGCAGGAAUGAAAUGAAGUACAUUGUGUAUAUAAAUAAUGCUCACUUCUCGUUCUUCUUAUCUGCAAAAUUGUUUAAAUAUAUUUAUUUUUUUUUUGUUGAGGUUAGUUUCAUAUCUGAACAGCUUUUGGCCUUGAACUUAACCACUUGAACUCUGCGUUAUAUUUGCCUCGCCAACUUCUGCUCUUAACUGCCCCUUUUAUCCUUCACCGAGAAUAUUGCACCAGUUUUUUAGCAUAGCAAAUGAAUGAGAAAACCUAUAUAAAUUAUGUUCAAACUGCAAAUGAAAGUAACGACUUGACAUACCAAAGGCAAUGAAGCUAAUUUACUUUAAACUAAAAACAAAACAAAAAAAAUUACACAAAAAAAAAAGACAAAAACUAAUGGAAACUAUUAAAAAGAAUUAAAUAAAAGUUCAGUGUAUAUUA